GUUCCCUGAGCCUGGCUGGAGGACCGCGGAAAAUAUCGCCCGUUACACGCGGCAGUAAGAAACCCAGCUGAACGGUAUAGCCACCUGAGCGACACGGACGUGAGUGACAGGCACGCACGAAGGAGGACGCCACCUUCGGACACACUCCGCCCAGCCCUCGCGCAUCGCAGUUUACACAGUAACUAAGGGAAGCGCGCCGGACAGAGAGAACACGGAGAGGGGGGCCUGCGCUGCACCAUGGAGCGAAAAGUAGCGAGAGAAUUCAGACACAAGGUAGAGCUGUUGAUUGACAAUGAGGCAGAGAAGGAUUACCUGUACGAUGUGCUGCGGAUGUACCAUCAGUCCAUGGACCUGCCGGUCCUGGUGGGGGACCUGAAGCUGGUGAUCAACGACCCGCCCCGCCUGCCCCUGUUCGACGCCAUCCGCCCCCUCAUCCCCCUCAAGCACCAGGUGGAGUACGACCAGCUCACGCCCAAACGAUCCCGGAAGCUGAAGGAGGUGCGUCUGGACCGGACCCACCCAGAGGGGCUGGGCCUGAGCGUGAGGGGGGGGCUGGAGUUUGGCUGCGGCCUCUUCAUCUCCCAGAUCGUGAAGGACGGGCAGGCGGCGAACGUGGGCCUGCAGGUCGGUGACGAGAUCAUGCGGAUCAACGGUUAUUCCAUUUCGUCCUGCAUCCACGAGGAAGUGAUCAGCCUCAUCCGGACCAAGAAGACCGUGUCUCUGAAAGUCAGGCAUGUCGGAAUGAUUCCAGCAAAGAGCUCCUCAGAAGAUCCCCUCAAGUGGCAGUUUGUGGAUCAAUUUGUAUCUGAAUCUGGGGAGAAGAAGAGCAGUGUGGCUGGAUUGGCCUCCAUCACAGGGAAAGAGAUCAAGGAGAAGAAGGUCUUCCUCAGUCUGGUGGGCACUAAAGGAAUGGGCAUCAGCAUAUCGAGUGGCCCGACUCAGAAACCUGGCAUAUACAUCAGCAACGUGAAGCCUGGCUCUCUCUCUGCUGAAGUAGGGCUUGAGGUGGGCGAUCAAAUCGUGGAGGUGAACGGGGUGGAUUUUACUGCCAUGGAUCAUAAGGAGGCCGUCCGGGUCCUGAAGAGCAGCCGGAGUUUGACCAUCACCGUGCUGACGGGAGCGGGCAGGGAGCUGUUCAUGACGGACGAGGAGCGCCUGGCCGUGGAGGCGAGGCGGGAGCUGGACAGGCAGGAGCUGAUGCACCAGAAGAGGGUGGCGCUGGAGACCAACAAGAUCCACAAAGAGCAGCAGGAGUUGGAGCGACAGAGGAAGAUGGAGAUUUCUCAGAAGACGGUGGAGGAGGAGGAGCGGUACCGGAGGGAGAUGGAGAAGAUCGAGGCUGCGGAGCGGAAACACAAUCGGGAGUGGGAGGAGGACUGGGGGGCCAGAGAAUCGCCCAGGAGCCCCUCCCCCAUGCCAGCUCCUUCCAAAGCGGACAGCCCACCCCCUUCGCCCCCGAAAUCCAAGAGCUCAGACAACGCAGGGCCCGCCUGGCAGUCAGGGAUCGAUGAGGAAGAGGAAGAUGAAGACGAAGAUGAUGAAGAUGAUGAAGGGAAAGGGAAAGGUUUCCAGAAGUAUGUGGAAGACUUUGAUCCGUACUCAAUGUUCACCCCAGAGCAGAUAGCGGGGAGGGACGUUCGGCUGCUGAGAAUAAAAAAGGAUGGACAACUUGACCUUGCGGUGGAGGGGGGCAUAGACUCCCCCCUGGGAAAGCUGGUGGUAUCAGCCAUUUAUGAAGGGGGCUCUGCGGACAAGCAUGGUGGGAUAGUGCAGGGGGAUGAGGUCAUGGCUGUUAAUGGGAAGAUUCUGACCGAUUCCACGCUAGCAGAAGGCCAGAGCUCUCUGGUACGAGCCUGGAACAGUGGAGGGGACUGGAUUGACCUGGUGAUCGCAGUGUCCCCACCAAAGGAGUAUGAGGAUGAGGUGACGUUCUUCUGAGGCUCUCCCCUGGGCACCUGCCAUGGAGACGAUGUUCAAUGAGGAGCACCGUUUUCAGUCACCACAUUCAUGUUGCUUUUUAAAAAAAAAAUUAAUUAAAAUUUUAAAAUUUUAUUUUUUCAAAAUGGGUCCAGAUAAGGUCGGUAUGUACACGAUGAUGCCACCUGCAGAGAACUCUGUUAGACGUGUUUGGAGAUUUUUCUCCAAGAUGGCGGCCUGCACGAUGGCAGUGGUUUGAAGACCAGCCUAACACGUGCAAUCGCUAGUCUGUGCGCUGACAAGGCUACCUGCUUCAGCUGUAACUGACCCCUGACCCCUGACCUGUGACCUCUAACCCUAUACUGCUAGCAUGAGAACACUACAGAAGGAGCCUGUGCUCCGUUAUACAUCACAUGCAUGCGACCGUCUCCACCCACCAAGGAAUGACACGGCCGCCAAAAUCGCCAAAAUCCUGGAGGAUUAAAACGCAAGGGACCUGGAUCGUAUCCAAACGCAUCGCUAUUUGUGCUUACAUUUGAACCAGCAUGCAGUAUGUGAGGGCUAGUUUUGUGCCUGGAGUGAUCUGUCUGUGGCAUGGUGGCAUGUAUGAAAACGUUGCGCCCGUUCCCCUCUCCUUGGUAAUGAGUUUGUCCUGCGUCGCGGGGCGCUGCUGGAGGGGGGAAGUAGAGUUUGGGCCGAACGCCUCGUCUGUGUAACACUGCCUGGCUGGACCGCCUGGUGGUCAGCUUUUCUCUCUUUUGCCAAAAUGAAUCAGCGCAUAAAUAACCAGUCCUCGCAUUUCUUCACUUUCUAUUUCCAGUGUGUGGCAUUUGCAUAUGUUGAUAUUGUAAAAAAAAAAAAUUUAAAUAAAAAAACAUUUUUUAAUUUAAAAAAAUCAGUAAAUCCACAAACAUUUAAUUGCCAUUUUUUGAUAACGAGGGAUUUAUUUUUAAAAGACAAUAAUCACAAGGCUGGAACAAUUUCCUUUAAAAUGAAUCUCAGUGAUUCCCAAAGGCUAAACUGGUCUCACACAUGAUUUCUCUGUAAUUUUGAAAUAUGUUAGAAGUCUUAUGCACUUGAUUCAGAAAUCUUCUAGUGGUGUAAUUACUGUAGCCCUGUUAUGUCUGAUUGUUUAUGGAUGCUUUUGCACCCUGUAUCACGUUACUGAUUUUCAGUGACAAAGGGAUUAAUUAGUGCACUCAGAAUCAAUAAAGACGUGCAAGGACUGAAAA